AUGGUGACACAUGUUGGGGACACGGCUAUAACAUCACAGAUUACCCCUCCACCAGCUAUCGAAAUAUCAGGGUCUCCAGUUACAGGGGAACAACCAGUUGCCUUGACUCUUUGGGACGAGGCUUUCCGCAAGGUUAACAACGAAACCCAAGGAUGGAUUCGAAGCCAAGGACUCGAUUCACCAGAGCAGGCAAAGUCAGAUGAUCUUAUAAACAUGAUUAAGCAGAAAAGUAAAUCAUUACUUGAAGAGAAAAAUAUGCCUUUCAAAAUCGAAAUUGGGAACCAGAAAAUCGUAUUCCGCGAGUACAUCGCCGAUAUUAUCACAUUUCUCUCAGUGGCCGGUGACUUUGUCAUCAGUUUUUCGCCAACUCAAGCCAGGGCACCAUGGGCUGCAGCAAAGGCAGUGUUGAGCAUUCCGGUUACACACAUUGAGCAAAUCGCAACACUUGCUGGAAUAGUUGAGUUGUUUACUCGUAUUGUCCACCGGGGUCAGGUAUACGAGCAUUUAUAUACCGCAACAACGACACAUAAAGACGCUUUAUCAAACUUGCGCGACGCCCUACGAGAUUUAUAUACUACAGCAAUAGAGCUACUAUCCCGAUCUGCUGUCUUGGUUAAAGGUGGAUUAACCACGCAAACGUUAAACGCCAUUCUUCGACCCAACAAGGCUUCAGGCCUUAUUUCUGAGUUGUGGAUGAAAGAGCAAAAGGUUCUACUAGAAGCUCAAGUUUGUGAGGCCUCUCGUAGCGCUCAAGCUGGUGAAACCAUGGAUGGAAGAAUAGAAGCCUUAUUCACGAGCCUCGGUGAACUAUCGACACCCCUUACUCGGAUUGAUAAGGGGGUCGAUAAUGUUCUAGAAGUGGUUGAACAGGACCGACUGGAGAGACUUAUGGACUUUAUUAGCUCAGAAAAGUUUGGCAAGGACCACAUUACUAUCAAAGAAACAAGAAUAGAAGGGACCGGAGAUUGGUUGAUAAACCACGAGAGAUUUCGCGAUUGGCAAGCGUCGGUACUGGUAAAACAUACCUUACCUCCAGGCCGAUCUGGUCCCUUGAUGUUGGACCCUCUCGUCGUUCUUAGGAGUUUUGUCCGCCAAUUAUCUUACAAAGCGUCCCACUACGACCGCAUCCAAACCAGCGUCAUCCAGAAAUGCGAAUUAGCAAAACGAGAAGGGCGAGACCUGGGCUAUAAAGAAUGCAAAAAGCUAAUCACGGCCUCUCUAAACCUCUAUUCAAAAACAACGUUCAUUCUUGAUGCUCUAGAUGAAUCCGAAAUCUCAAUGUAUAACUUGGCAGAGAUUUUUAUUGAGUUGAUGGAACAAGCUACAAAACCGGUCAAAGUCUUCAUCUCAAGUCGUCCAGAUCGACAGUAUUUAAAGGUUUUUGAAGACAAGUGCAUAAUCACAGUCAGUAGUGACAAUCAGAAAGGCGACAUUGAGAAAUAUCUUGACGAAACACUAUGCUCUCAAUCAAUUUUCAACAGGUGCAAAGCGGAAAUCCAGGAAAUAAUUAAAGAGACGUUUAGAUCUCGCAAUGACGGAAUGUUCCGAUGGGUCUAUUUACAGGUCAAAAGCCUGCUGAAAUGCAUCUCAGAUGACGCAGUCAAGGCAUGGGCCAGAACAAUACCUCACGAUUUGAUGGCUGCAUACGAUCAGUUGUGGGAGAAUAUACGAGAGCAGCAUACUGAAGACGACGUAGCAUUGGCUGAGCGUGCUGUUCAGUGGGUGUUGUGUGCAUUUGAGCCACUCAAAUCCGAUAUUCUCCUAGAAGCCGUCCGAUAUUCCCUAGAAGGAGACGCACUGGUACGAAAAGAAAAGCAAUCUGAAGAAGAAAUCCUGUUGCUUUGCCAAGACCUUCUGACGAUUGAUGCAGAGAGAGGGAUAUGGACGCUACCACAUGCCUCAGUGGCAGAAUAUUUCGAGUCUAGGAAUUUGACGCCAGGAAAAUGCGAUGUGUUUGCUUCCAUCACAUCGCUCAGCUUUCUGAUGGGAUCUGAAUUUCAUUCUUCUCAUAUUGAACGGAAUGGCAAUCAUUUUGACACUUUCGAGGGAUACAUCUCACAUACAUGGCCCCGACACGUUCAGCGAUAUGAUGCAUGGCUGGGAUCAACGGAGGGCGCAGAGCCAGACCAAAAGCUCGUCACCACUCUGAAGCACUUUCUCGGGUCUGUAGAAGAGAGUGGCGAUCACUAUCGGACUUGGUUGAAGGAAAUCCAUGCCCCGUAUUAUCUGGAACUGACGCCUGAAAGCAUGACCUUGUUCGUCAUGUGUCGCUUCGGAUUUUACCACGUUUUGCGUGACUGGUGGGAGGACGGCAGAAUCGAUGAGGAAAUGGCGCUCAGGAAAUGCGCAUCGUACCCUGGCUAUGAUUCUCUUGCACUGGCAGCUCGAGGCAGAUGCCUGCCAAUUUGCAGAUACUUGGUGGGAGUCAUUGGUCUGAACAAUCCUCUUGCUCAAGGACAUUGCCGGGCUAUGGAGCAGGCGAUAGAGGGGAGUAAUCAGGACGUUGUCUCCUUCUUGAUAGAGGAGGCAAACGCCGAUGUCAAUGUCUGCUACUGCGAUGAAACAGCUGCACAGUUCGCGGCCAGGCUUUGGCGCACCGACAUGCUGCAGUGGCUCAUGGACCAAGGCUGGAUCGACAUAAACAGGGAGGGCGGCAAACGUUAUGGCAAUGUCCUCAUCGCGGCGGCAACCAGUGACCACGUCAAGUCGAUCGAGAUUCUGCUCAAAGCUGGAGCUGACGUGAAUGCCGCCGUGGAGUGUGGCGAUUACGGCAGUGCCCUUGUUGCAGCGGCAACUACAUCGAGAUGCUUCGAAUACUUGGAAAAGAUCCAGUUGCUUCUCGGCCAUGGCGCAGAUCCCAACCAUCCCAUGAAAGGCGGCAAGUACGUCAGCGCACUGGAAGCGGUCGUUGCCAGUGCUUUCGAAUGGUAUUUUGAAGAUAACCUGGCUGAGAACAUACAGUCGUUGGCGCUCUUGCUGGAAGCUGGCGCGGAUCCCGCGGCCAUAAAUAACCGAGGAGAACAUGGGAGUGCACUUGCUACCGCUGCAUUUUAUGGAUUCAAAGAUUUCCUAAAGAUGAUGAUUGGUGUUACUGGCAGGGAACGGGCAAUUGAGUGUCUUGGCCAGAGCAGAUGCCCCAAGAAGCUGUACUUUAGCGAUAAAAGACAUAUGGAGAGCUGGAGGCAGGCCAGGUCGGACACAAUCGCAUAUCUUACCAGCCAAGUCGGGGUGGACAACGAGAUUCUUUACAGGAUUGGGCUGCGUGACAUCGAACCCGAGAAAGAUUGGGAACAAUUUGUUGUUAUACGGAUACAUUAA